AUGGUGCUCGUGCGCGCCCUCGCGGCCCUCGUCGCGCUGCGGACCGCCAGCGCCCGCACGGUCGAAUGGCACGGCAUCGACGCGACGAUCAAGGGCCGGUCGCUGCUGCGGUCCAUCUCCGGCCGGGCGGAGCCCGGCCGGCUCCACGCCAUCAUGGGCCCGAGCGGCAGCGGCAAGUCGACGCUGCUCUGCGCUAUCGCGGGCUGCUGCGACCGGAAGGUCGGCCUCCGUGGUGACCUGCGCCUCGACGGCGCGGCCGUGGACCGCGUCGACGCCGCGUUCGUCCGCCAGCAGGACGUCUUCUACCCGUACCUCACGGUCCGCGAGACGCUGACGUUCGCGGCGACGCUGCGCCUCGGCCGGGACGCGGACGUGCCCGCCGUCGUCGACGACUUAUUACGAAAAACGGGCCUGGGCAAGGCCGCGGACUCCAUCGUCGGCGACGACAAGGUCCGCGGCGUGUCCGGCGGCGAGCGGAAGCGUCUCGCGAUCGCGUGCGAGCUCGUCGACGACCCGGCCGUGCUCUUCCUCGACGAGCCGACGAGCGGCCUCGACUCCUUCGCCGCCGCGCGCGUCGUCGCGAGCCUCCGGGGCCUCUGCGACGCGGGCACGACGGUGGUCUGCGUCAUCCACCAGCCGUCGGGCAAGGUCUUCGACGCGUUCGACGACCUCACGCUGCUGAGCGAGGGCGAGCUCAUGUACCACGGCCCGCGGCGCGGCGUCGACCGCGCGCUCGCGCGGCAGGGCGCGAAGCGGCCGGCCUUCUCGUCCGCCGCGGAGCACGCGGUCGCGGCCGUGUCCGUCGACUACUCGUCCGCGGAGACCGAGGCCGCGAGCCGCGCGGCGCUCGCGCGCCUCGCGGCCGCGGCGCGCGCGGCCGCGCCGGCCGCGCCGCCGCCGGCGGAGACGGCGCCGGCCGCGGCGACGCCGGCGCCGGGCCCGCCGCGGCGGCCCCUCGCGGAGCUCCGCCUCCUCUACCAGCGCGCGCGGCGCGACGUGUCGCGCGCCAAGGCCGCGACGGCGAUCAAGGCCGCGCAGCAGGUCAUGACGGCGCUGAUCUACGGCGGCAUCUACGACCUCGACGACUCGCAGCGGUCGAUCCAGGACCGCUUCGGCCUCCUGUCGCUCUGCGUCAUCGGGUCGACGAACCUCGCGAUCGCGUCGACGAUCCGCGCGUUCCCCAAGGAGAAGGCCAUCGUCGUCCGCGAGCGCGCGCCGCGGUCGGGCCGGCCCAUGUAUGGUGCUUUCCCCUACCUGGCGUCCAAGGUCGCCGCGGAGCUGCCGCUCGCCGCGGGCCUGAGCUGCCUCUUCGGGGCCGUGCUCUACCCGCUCGCGAAGCUCCGGCGGUCCGCGCAGGCGUUCCGCACGUUCCUCGGCAUCCAGGUGCUCAACUCGCUCGCGUCGGGCGCGCUCGGGCUGCUCGUGGGCGCCGUCGCGCCGUCGACGGACGCGGCGCUCGCGCUCUUCCCGCCCUUGAUCGUCCUCAUGAUCAUCUUCAACGGGUCGAACAUCUCCGACGAGUCGACGCCGAAACCCAUCAAGUUCCUGCCCAAGCUGUCCCUCGUGCGCUGGGGCUUCGAGGGCCUCGCGGUCAACGAGUUCGACGGCUUGUACUUCGAGUGCCAGAACCGGCGGGAGGACCUGCGCACGGGCCGCGACGCGCUCGCGCGCCUCGCCUUCGAGGACUCCACGGUGAAGAAGGCCUGCGUCGCCCAGGCCGCCAUCCUCGGCGGCUGCUACCUCCAGACCUACCGCGCGCUCCGCUCCUCGCGGCCCGCCUUCGCCGUCAUGAAGCCCACCCGCCGCUAA